AUGGAUGGAAAAUCGAUUGGCAUGAUCUCCCAACAGGACGCCCUAUCCUGCAAAGUGUACGUCAAUGGUAUAGCAAACCAAAAGGGGUCCGGAGUGGGGAUAGUAUUAAUAUCCCCCGAGAAAAUCACUAUUAAGAAGUCACUAAGGCUGGACUUCUCAACCACAAAUAACGAGGCUGAAUAUGAGGCCUUGCUAAUGGGAAUGACCAUGGUUCAAAAAAUGGGCGGAAAGGCAACAGUGAUGUUCUUGGACUCAAGAUUAGUCGUUGGCCAAGUAAAAGGAGAAUUUGAAUCGAGGGACGAAAGAAUGCAGAGGUACUUGAGUCAGGUGGGACAUCUACGAUCAGGAUUUAAAUCUUUCAACCUGUUGCACAUCCCUAGAAGUGGAAACACCCAUGCUAAUUCCUUAGCCACGCUUGCGACCUCCUCGACACAGGGCCUACCUCAGGUCAUUCUUGUAGAGGAUUUGUACAAAUCCGCAGGGGUGGAGAGAAAGGUGGUCCAUGUUCACCAAGUCAGGGUAAGCCUAGCUGGAUGGAUCCCAUGA